UGAAAGAAAUAAGAAAGCCAAAAUGAAGAUUGAUAGGAAAUAUAAGAAAAAAGUAGAAACAUUUCUAAUGGGUUCUGAGGAGCAUGGUGUCGAGAAUACCCUGAAGGUAUUUACAGUGAGUUCUAAGGAGUACUGGAAUAUCACACUAAAAAAAAAAAGUAGCCUUACAAUUGACGAAACUGAACUCCCAUCAUUAAAGGGGUAUUUGAGGGAGAUCUAUAUCAGCCAAACAAAGAAAACAGUGGAAAAUUAUAUUUCUGAGGUGUCUGGAAUUAUAUCCUUUCUUAAUGUCACUAAAGAAUAUGUUGGAGAUAAGAAUAAUGAGAAUACAUCUCUCUACAUAAACUUGACCAAAAAACUUAAAUAUGAAAUCCAUACCUUGGAUGUUUUCUUUGGCAAAAUUCUACAAACUCUGGAGACGGAACUGAAAAAUGGUGUGGAUAAAGCUGAAAAGGAUUGUCUAAAAAAUCUCAACUCACUUUUAAAACCUGAAAAGAUGAACUUCAGUGGCUAUCAUCAGACCAUUAAGGCUUUGUGCAAAAAUUCUGGAAGCUUUCGUUCAUCCAGAGGAGAUUUCAUUGAUCUCAACAAUAAACUGACUUCUCCCAUUUAUGCAACCGUGAAUAACACCAUCAAAAGCACUUUCCAGUUCAAUGCUUGUACCAAAAGAAAUAUAAAAGGAAGCCUGACCUUGCUUCAAUCAAACUUCCUAGAAUAUGAGGCAUUCAAAUCAAAGAAAACUGCCCAGUCUUACAGGCUGAUAUACAUUAAAACUGAAUUAAGAAGAGUAUUGGUGUUAUUGGAAAAAAAAAUUCUCCACAGAAAAAUAAUUAUAUACAAUAGUAUCAUGCAGUCCAUUCUGGAGGUAAUGGAACCAGUUUAUAAAGAUGCCAGUAAAGUACAAGGCCCAAAUUCAAUGAAUAAAAUUCAGAAAAUGUUUGAAGAAAAACUGAAAGAAUGCCAAAGUACCAUGUUCAAAGAAGCAAUGAAAAACAUGCUGGCUGAGUUUAAAGACCUAAACACUGAUGUCAUAAAAACUCUAGAAGAUAAAAUGGAAGCAUCCAUGAGGCUGGCACUGGCACAGUUUCCAGAGGGAUUGCAUUUACCAGAUUCCACAAAGGAACUGGAGCAGAUGAAGGCACUUUGUGAUACUAUAAACCUUCAGAUUUUUAACUGAAAGUUCAACUGACAUACAGUACAUAUAGGUGCAAUUCCUAAUUUAUUGUUUUAGAUACUAGCAGGUUUUAUUUUAUUUCAAUGCAUUAAUAUUUUAUUUUGGAUACCCAUAAAUUUCAUAAACAGUGUGUAAACUUCUUAAAAAUAUAAUUUGUUAUGAAAGUCUCAAAAGAGUCUAACAGAAAAAUGACACAGCAUUAGGUUUUAUUGUUAACCUUUUUACCUAAAUAUAUUAUAACACAGUUGUUUUGAUCUAUAUUGUCGAUUUUUACUCAUGAUUUUGCUGAAAGUCUUGUGUUUCUUAAUUGUAUUUUUAAAUUAAUGCAAUAUAAAUGUGAAAAUUAAUUUAGUUUUUAUUUUAUAACACUUUACAAAAAUCAGUGUGGCUGAUUUGCUUAAAUUGUGUUCAUUAGCCACAGCAUUUAGAGAUAUUUCAGAUGAGUUUAGACUAUCUUAUGAUAAACUAUCUGUUAUUUCCUGUAUUAAAAUCUGUUCAAUUAUAAGAAUUUUAAUGCUCUCUCUAUAACUCAAUGGGAAAACAGUAUCUUAUAUUAUCUAAAGCUAGAAAAAGUUUAAUUUUCUUUGUGUGGAACUGGGUUUAGUUUCUUUACAUUUCACCAGAGAGGUGACAUUCCACGUCCCAAGAGCCAACUUCUGUAGCCGAGGAUCGGACCGCCAAGGUCCCCGCCUUUG